UUGUAAUCUCAACAAGUACAUAGAUCUCAGGCAACACGGAAUAACAGAAGCAGCAGAGAGGAUCAGAGGAAUAUGAAUUGAUUUUUUUUAAAGGAAAAGAAAAAGGUUAAAAGAGAGAGAAACCCUAGUAACAAGUUUCUUCCUUAUUGAUGAAGAAGAGAGGAACGAACCGUAGAGUCUGCAAAUGAGUUUUCUGCCAAGAAGGAGAAGCCCUAAAAAAACAGAACAAAAGCUUAUUGGUGUAGUGCUUCAUGAAGCAGGCUCUGAGAUGUCAGAGGAUUUUCAUCCUCUUGUUGCUUUCCGUCUCCGUCUUUUCUCCGCUCAUUAUAGUCUCCAAUAGGCUCAAAAACUUCACGCCUUCUUUCGCACACACAGAAUUUUUUGGGGAUCCAUCCACCAUUAAAUAUAGGAGCGAUAUACUGAGAUUAAAUGCAAUCCAGCAGGAAACGGGCGAAGGCUUGAAAGAGCCAGCAUUGGUUUUGUACAAAGAUGGAGAUUUUAAUUCUGUAGAUAGUGGUAACUCUGGUAACUCUUCUGAUGAGUCCAAGGUCCCCGGGAAUACUGGGGACAGUCCCAGUUUGUUGGAAAGAAAUGUUCCAGGGCCUGAUACCGACCACACGGGAGGAAAUAAAGAGAUUCAACAUAAAAAUGUUCCACCCCCUACUGGAAGAAAAGGUUACUCCACCCAAGCAACUGUCAGACAAGAUCCAAAUGUGCAAUCUAAUAUUCAGAGAGCAACUGAUGAGAAAGUAAGAGAAAUGAAAGAUCAAAUCAUCAGGGCCAAGACAUACUUGAAUUUUGCACCACCAAACAGCAAAUCUCACUUGGUUAAAGAGCUGAAGUUGCGUAUAAAAGAGGUGGAACGGGCAAUUGGUGUAGCCACCAAGGAUUCAGAUUUGUCUAGGAGUGCCUUGCAGAGAAUGAGAGCCAUGGAGACAUCCUUGUCAAAAGCUAGUCGUAUUUAUGCAGACUGCUCUGCCAUGGCAACAAAGCUCCGUGCUAUGACAUAUAACACAGAAGAACUGGUCCGUGCACAGCACAAUGAAGUAACGUAUCUUGUUCAACUUGCUGCAAGAACGAGUCCAAAGGGUCUUCACUGUCUCUCCAUGCGACUAACCACUGAUUAUUUUGCUUUGCAACCUGAGGAGUGGCAAUUUCCUAAUAGACAGAAAUUGUCUGAUCCACAGCUCCAUCAUUAUGCAGUCUUCUCAGAUAAUGUCCUUGCAUGUGCAGUGGUUGUUAAUUCCACUGUAUCAGCAGCAAUAGAACCCAAAAAAAUCGUCUUCCACAUAGUGACUGAUGCCCUCAACCUCCCAGCAAUUACAAUGUGGUUCCUUUUAAACCCUCCUGGUAAGGCGACAAUUGAGGUCAAAGGCAUGGAUGAUUUUGAAUGGCUGUUCUCCAGAUAUAGUAUGGCAUUGAAGAACCAGAAUACCCGGGACCCAAGAUACAGUUCGAGACUGAACUAUCUUCGCUUCUAUCUACCAGAUAUCUUCCCCGAGCUGAAUAAAAUUGUGCUUCUUGAUCAUGAUGUGGUGGUGCACAGGGAUCUGGGUGGAUUGUGGAGUUUUGAUAUGAAGGGAAAAGUAAAUGGAGCUGUUGAGACUUGCCGGGUAGGUGAGCCAACGUUCCGCCGGAUGGGUAUGCUUAUUGACUUCUCAAAUCCAACCAUUGCAAAGAGGUUUAAUGCUUCGACAUGCACGUGGGCAUUUGGUUUGAAUGUUUUUGAUCUACUAGAGUGGAGGAGGCAAGAUUUGACAAAUGUCUACCAUAAGUACCUAGAAUUGGGUGACAGUAAGCAGUCAUGGCGGGCUGGAAGUUUGCCUUUGGGUCAUCUCACCUUCUAUAACCAAACAGUGGCUCUAAAUCGAAGUUGGCACCUCUUAGGGCUUGGGUAUGAAUCAGGUGUGGGGCGGAGUGAGAUUGAGCGGGCAGCCGUCAUCCACUAUGAUGGAAACAAGAAGCCUUGGCUAGAUACUGGUAUUGCGAAGUACAAGAGCUACUGGAACAAACAUGUCAAUUAUGAGCACCCUUACUUGCAACAGUGCAACCUCCACGAGUAGUUGUAGAGUAAUACGAUGGGCAAUAUACAGAACAAUCUUCAAGUCUUCAUCAACACGUAUGUGGUCUCAUGACAUUCAUCUUCUCAGGGACAGCAGAUGGCACAGAUGUCAACCUCAUUCAUUCCCCUUCAUGUAAAUUUUAACUCCAAUUUAUUGUAGUCCAUUUUUCUUUCCAUUUCUUUCCUUCUCUCUUUCCGGUUAUAUUCUUCUAGAGCUGAGUGAAAUUAAAUUAAUAAAUGGAGAUCAAAUAAGAGAGUUCAUGUGAGCAUUUUGUAAUGUUGGUGUAUCUUAUCUUGAAUGUACAGAGCUUCUGUAGUUUUUGAACACAGCAUCUUUACAUACAGAAUUUACUUCUUUUCGUC